AUGAGCGGCCAGUACCAGUUUCCGCCAUCAUCGCCCAAUCUGGGCGCGGAGGGGAUCUAUGUUAAGGAGGCGCUGACGGCUAUUCCAGAACCCGUGAUGCAGUUUGCUACCCCAAACCCGUCCUCUAGUGGAGUGAGAUCAUCAAGUCCCAUCAGAAAUGUGCUUGAGAGCCCUGUCAACACUCCGACACGCUCGUGCAAGGUCAAAAUCGUUGAUCCACUCGAUUCUGUUCACCACCUCAGACUGCCCAGCGAUGGGUCUGUUGUCUAUCUUGGACGGUCGUCUAAGUCAUGCAAUUUCCCGCUAAGUCAACACAACAAGCGGAUUUCGAGAGUUCAUCUUAAGAUUCGGAUGUUGAAGGAACAACGAGUGGAAUUGCGGUGUGUUGGAUGGAAUGGAGUUAAUGUUUCGAUCCCUCAAAAGGUUAACGUCAAGCUCCAGGAAGAGGGCCAGGACGAUUAUAUCAUCGAACCCAGCCGGAUCAUUGCCAAGGAAAACAGAUUGACCAACUUCUACAUCUUGAAGGAUGAAAGUAUUGUUAUGCCGUUGAUUGAGGGAGUAUUGAUGGAUUUGAGUGGAGAGCUUGUUCUGCUUGAGUAUGAAGAUAAGGCUGAUCUUACUGAUGACGAGCACGACAUCUUUGUUUCAAAAAGAUCAUCUACGCCUAUUGUUGAGAAAGCAACCGAGACAAUUCAGACAGGUUCAGCAGCUGAAACUACCAAAACAAGCGUUGCCUCACCCACAGUCUCUUCCAUGGCACCACCCAUGGCUUCACCAUCAGCACCACCAACGCCUCUUAAGGCACUCAGCAGUAACGAGCUCAAUCGCAGUCCAAGCACUAAGAAGAAGCCCCGGAUCUCCGGUCCUACGAACAAGAGACACAAAGCUGAAGGUCUCUACGACAACAUCUCGCAGCAGGAAGUCGACAAGAUUCUCGCGCCAAUUGCAGAUAUUGACCAGGUUGAGAAUGUUUUGGUGAACCAUCUUGCUUUCAGUAGGCUUUCGUCAACUCCAUUGUCCACCAUCAAGUCCAUUUCGCACUCAACAGAAAACUUAAACGACGAACAAUUACGUGUGCUGCUCAUGAGAUACGUUGAAUGUGUUGGAGUCAUCUACAGAAUUGGCAAGGAUGCCGCUGGAAAACCCCUCGACGAGGAAUACUACUACAUUCCCGAGAAAGACACCAACUUGGACAGAACGCAGCUGGUGGCCAAUCUCAAGGGCGAGAGCGGCGGUCUCCGCAGUUGCAGAAAGACCCACAAACAGUAUUUCUGGAGAAAGCCUGCAAAGAAAUAG